AGUUGAACAUCAGCAAGUUCAAGGUCGUGGCUCGACUGGGUCUCAUGCACCUGAUAGCUGCAAAUGUUUGCGUUUGGAUGAGGACCAUCGCGAGGGAAGGUCUGAAAGACUUCACCAGAUACUAUGUCAAACACUCCGGUGGACCUUCUGAAGACCAGAUGAUCCUCAAUCGCGUGAAUUUGUCAGCUAUAUCGACCAGCCGCCAAAGCCCAGACAGUGACUCGGACAACAGCCCCUACGGAGACGACGGGAACGGUCAGGAAUCUGCCGGAAUAAUCAACAACAAUGAUGAUGGACUGAUUAACGGGACUGUUUGCGAAAGACUGAGUAUCUUGGGCACCCUGAGGGACGACACUGCCCCGUACCUGUACCCGGUCGUGGUUCAAUACAGCUUCGUCGCUGCUGUUGUGCUAUUCGUCAUCUGGCUGGACGUCGGUCGCUAUCCCAAAUACGCCCCCGAGGCGGAAGACUCCGGCGACGUUGAGCCUCAGCAGGCGCCAGCAGCGGCGCCGCCGCCCCCGAGGCAAACCGGGCCCGUGCAGACCGACGGAGACGCGGAAGCGGAAGAGGAAGACGGGCCCAGUGGGCCACGUGCUUGUGCAGGGGCUCGCAAGGGACUGGUUUUCGGGUUGCUGCUCGUACUUUGCGCUGUUGCUGCAACCGUCUGCUACUUUGUGCUGCUGGAGAACGCCGAGUUGAAAAUGUACGCCAUCUAUCUGGCGGAUUCGGCACAUACCGCGCUGCUACUGAUAUCGUUGCUCGUCGUUCUCAUCGGAUGCUGCAGAGUGAAGAAGCUGAAAUUCGACCCGCACAAGGAGGAUUUGCUGAACGUUCUGCUGCUGCGGGUGUCGGGGUUCGCAGUGCUUCUCUACGCGACAGUGACGAUCAUUGCAGCUGCUUUGCGAUUCCUGAACCCAGCCCUGGACGUGCCAACAUUACUCGUGCUCGUCACUGCUGCUCUCACUGUGCUGGAAAUCGCGUUCCAGGCGCCGUUUGUGCUGGACGCCAACAAGAGGGCCAUCCACAAACAAACGCUGAAUGAGACGAAGCCUGGGAGACAAUUGAUCACUUUCCUUCUCCUCACCAACCUUGCCAUGUUCGCCAUCUACAUCGUCGAGGCGCAGAAGGUCGACCGUCUGCCUGUGCAGCUGAACUUCUAUGGAUAUCUGACGUGGACAGUCAUCCUGAAACUGGUUCUGCCGCUUUGCAUUUUCCACCGAUUCCACGGGGCAGCAAUUCUCGCAGAAAUCUGGAGGAACUCGUACAGAACUCUGCCAGAAUAAAUUCCGCAGGAAAUAUCGCACGUCAACAUCGUCAACCGCUUGGCGGGAAGAAAAAUGUCAAUCACUGCCAGGAUCAAAAACUGACCUUCUCCAACCUGUUUCCAUGUAUAGGAAAUAGAAAACCAAGUGUCUAGUCAACGAGCUCCUUUUUUUUUUUUAGUAAACGCGAACGAAGCUUGUUCUGCAUUAGAGGCAAGAAAUUGUAGGCAUGCUAGACCAGGCUUCCUUUUUUCAUUUUUACUGAAAUUUCAACUUUUGGAAGGUGACCAAGCGUAUAAGGAUGUGUUCAGCGGAAGACUACGCGAACUGAGACCUGGACUUAGAUACUCGCCAAAUAUUCUUCCCUCUAUUCCCGAGAAAGAAAAAAAAGAGUAAUUCCGAAGUACAAAGAAGAACGCGAAAAACAUUUCCACAAUGUCGAAGAUAUGGCGGAGAAAAUUAGUAGAUUAGUGAACCGAGGAAACCCUUUUUUCAUUUUUUUUCAGAAAUUCUUUUGUCGCGGAGGGAAAUUUAUGUCUACCCCGAUAAGAGCGGGAACGCAUUUCUUUUCCUGUUGAAUUUUCAGAAGUUUGAAUGGGAAAGAAAAAAGAUGUUUGGUACAUUUAAGACUCAGAAAGGAUCGAAUGGCUGCCGUUGUAACGUGAAUGAAUGCUCAUUAUCUGCGAGAAGAAAACCAACCCAAUGUGCUUCAAAGGUAAUCCGUUGGACGACUUGGUUUGCGUUAAACCUUGCUCGUGCCAGAAACGAAAAAAAAAAUUGCAGCAACGACGAAACAAAGUACGUGAUUCCUCACCCUUCAUGCUUUUUUUUUCUAAGAAGCAAAAAGAACCAAAUGUUGACGAGUUUGUCAAAAAAAAAGCUCUGCAAACGGCCGCUCAAAGAGAGACAAAGUUGCCAAAACAUUGCAAAAUUUGUGCAGCAAAGAAAAUAGUUUCCCAGGCAAAGCUUCAGAAAAGAAAAGAAAACCUGCUCAUGAAUCUACGGCUACAAUCUUUUCCCAGAAGAGGUGUUCAUUUAGCGCAAUUAGCUUUUCAUUGAGGGAAUAAAUCUGCGUGAAUGGGAAAGCAUUUUCGUCCGUGUUUCCGCGGGGAUAGUGAAGCGGUGAAUGUUUUUGAAUUUUAAUUUGCUUAAAAUAUCUCUCUUUCUUUGCGGAAAAAAGAAGACACGAAACGGAGAGAAUGUUAGUCAGAAUUUUUUUUUCCUUUUGGCGAGCUGCGAAUAGACGAGCGAGUGUUCAAACAGGAAAUCAACACGACCCCGAUGCUCAAAACUUGCAUUUUUUCAUAGCGUCGGAAACAUUUCCCUCAUUUCUUUUAGAGAGAAAUUGUUAAAGAAGGUGCAAUACCUCGGUGUCAUUUUCAUCUGAGCUGUAAAAAAAAAAACACAAGUGUCGGGCUGGAACAGACCUCGAUGUGAGCUUCUGCUUGUUGCUUUAAUCAUAGCUGUCGGACGUCGGAAAAAAAAGCAGCAUUUAUAUGAAAUCGGUAAUCAAAGCCAAGAAAGUGUUGGAAAUUCCGAUUCGUUUUCCUGUUUUUCCUUUUCAAGUCGGUUGUGGCUCGGUGUGUUGCAUGAAUGACACGAAUAAUACGGCUCCUACGUUUUCUGUUGCGCGUUGAAGUUUCUUUCUUGUUUUUUUGUGUACAAGUCGAUCUGAAUCUAGCGAAUGAAGAUUUUGUCCAGUUUUUCACAU